AUGGAUAAUCUAUAUGUUGCAUUACAGAAAAAUGCGCAGAGAACAAAACUUCCUGUACCAAUGUUUGAUCGUUCACAAAUCAGCAUUUGGAGUAUCCUGAAACAAUGUAUUGGAAAAGAAUUAUCGAAAAUAACAAUGCCAAUUGUCUGGAAUGAGCCAGUCUCGUUUCUUCAGCGAUUCACCGAGAAUGCGCUCUAUUCGUAUCUACUCGAUCGAGCAGACGAAUGUACUGAUCCACACAUGAGAAUGCAGUACGUUGCCGCUUUCGCUGUUUCAUCGAUAUCGAACAAUUGCGAUCGUCUAUCGAAACCAUUCAAUCCAUUGCUUGGUGAAACGUACGAAUUCGUUCGAGAUGAUGUACCAUUUCGUUAUAUGAGUGAACAAGUUAGUCAUCACCCACCAGUAAGCGCAUUUACAUGUGAAUCGAAAAACAAUGGCGAUCGAUGGAGAUUUUACGGAAGUAUUUUGCCGAAAGCAAAGUUUUCUGUUAAAAAUAUGGAAGUUAAUCCCAAAGGUUUAUUAACAUUAGAGCUUAAACGGCAUAAGGAAAUCUACACAUGGGAAAGUGUGACAUGUACAAUUCAUAAUAUCGUUGUUGGUAAGCUCUGGUUCGAAUAUCAUGGUACAAUGGAAAUUGUCAAUCAUUCUAAUAAGAUUAAAGCAAUUAUUAAUUUUAAACCCUAUUCAUGGUCAUCGAAAGAAUUACAUAAAGUUGAAGGCUACAUUUACGAUAGCAACAAAAAUAAAAUACGUGGAUUAUACGGCUAUUGGACAGAUGCUUUGUAUUCAAUUGAUAUCAAUCAUUUCGAAGCAUUUCUGAAACAACAGAAGAAAGAUCUAAAGAAUGCUUCGAAAAAUCCUCCCCAACAAGCAACAACCGCAGUAGCAGCAGCGACAACAGCAACAAAUGGCGCUGAUAGUAAUGAUCCAGACGAAGAAUUGCCAGAUGUUGAUCCAUCACACGAACAACUCAAUCUUCCACCAAAUUCGAUCACACUCUGGAGAAUCAUUCCAAAACUAGACUAUGCAGCACAAUAUUACAACUUUUCUUUAUUUACAAUGGCAUUAAAUGAAUGGACAGAACAAGAUAAGAAAACUCGACCACCGUUACCACCAACAGAUUCACGAUUUCGUCCGGAUAUUCGUCAAAUGGAAGAAGGUAAUAUUGACUUAGCUGGACAAGAAAAAGACCGUCUCGAAGAAAAACAACGGGUCUCUCGACGAGCAUUGGAAAAGCGUCGAGAAGAAUGGCAACCAAGAUGGUUUCGUCUGAUGAAACAUGAAAUAACCGGACAAGAUGUUUGGGUUUCCAAUGAGAAAUAUUGGCAACGAAAUUGGAAUGUCUGUCCAGAUAUCUUCUGA